AUGAAUCUGAAUAAUCUCGAUUUAAGUAUUUAUGAUAAUACGGAUCUUAUGGCUAUUAUUGAAAUUAUUAAAAAUAAAUUUUAUUUUGCAACUUUGAUUCCUGGAAGAAAGGAGCCAAAACAUAUACCAAAUAUGUAUUUGUUUGAUAUCGAUGGCGAAUUGAUUUAUAACAAUUUUUAUAGUGAUUUUGGACCAUUGAAUAUUGCCUGCUUAUACAAGUAUUGUUACGGUGUUAAUCAAAUUUUAAAUGAGUGUAAUGAUCUAGUCGUACAUUAUACGUGUGUAAAUGCAGAAAAACGAGCAAAUGCCGCUUAUCUUGUCGCUUCGUAUGCCGUCUUGUACUUAAAUAAGUCACCAGAGGAAAUUUAUAAUACAAUUGUGACUAAAGAUCUGCCAAGCUUGAAGCCUUUUCAAGAUGCAUCCAUUGGCUACUCGCAUCAUCAAAUAAGACUUAUCGAUUGUCUAAGGGCUUUAAAAAAGGCUGCACUAUUCGGUUUCUUUGACUUUCAAGAUUUUGACGUGAAGGAAUACGAAAAGUAUGUGCAGAUGAAAAACGGCGAUUUAAAUUGGAUCGUUCCACGUAAAUUGUUGGCCUUUUUCGGGCCGAAUGUCGAGAACGACAGUGUCGCUCAUUAUCCUGAAAAAUAUUUGAAUUAUUUUUUAAAGAACGACAUCACGACCGUCAUCAGACUCAAUAAAAAGACUUACAACUCAUUCAGGUUUACAAACGCCGGUUUGUUCCACUACGACCUGUUCUUUCCAGACGGUGGCGUGCCAUCGAAAAGGAUAUUAGAUCACUUUUUGCAUAUCGUAGAGACGACGAGAGGCGCCAUAGCCGUACAUUGCAAAGCCGGUCUCGGUAGAACGGGCACACUGAUCGCCACUUACGUGAUGAAGCAUUAUAAGAUGACGGCACGUGAGGCCAUCGCCUGGCUGAGAAUCUGCAGGCCUGGCUCGGUCAUCGGUUACCAGCAGCUCUGGCUCGAGGAGAUGGAAAUUAGUUUGCUUCGGGCGGGGCGUCGAUUCAGAUAUAAGUAUUACGGAGAUGAAAAUUUCAUUCUGCAUCACGAACGAGGCAUUUACUCUGUAGCCGUUAAAUACGAUGAAAAACUAGAAGUCAGAAAUUAUCGGCGUAAGAAAUAUGCCCGUACACUAAAAAAAUUGUCAAACAUGUCGGAUGAUAAAUCUUCGAUGAUUCUGAAAAGUCGAUAUUCUUUCGGGCAGGAAAGCGUCACAAGUAAGGCUACGACGGCAAAUCACCGAUUCCAAGUUCAACAUAAUGGUUGAAUAAUUUCACAGAGGAACAAAUGAA